GAGAGGUGAAGUGGGGUUAUCAGAGCCGUGCCUACUGCUAUACACCACCGCACAUCGCAGUUUAUCUGUUGUUUCUUUUCAUUACCCAUUUGUCAAAGAGGUGCAAAUCAUCAUUCUAACAUGAUUGCCACUAAGUUCUUAAAAAAUGGCAUUUUUGCUAGUGUCUUUCGUGAAACUGUAGACGCUUGCUACAUUCUUCCUAAGAGGCUCGCCUCCACAGCACCUCAGGUUGAGGUGUUUCAUGUACAAGACAUGAAGGAUUUCGAUGAAAGGGUCAAGAACAGCAAAGUCCCUGUCAUCGUUGACUUUUUUGCAACAUGGUGCAAUCCUUGUCGUAUGUUGACACCCAGGAUUGAGUCUGUUAUUGCAGAGAGGAAGGGUGAAGUUAUACUAGCUAAAGUGGAUAUUGAUGAACAUACUGAUCUAGCCCUGGAUUAUGAUAUCGGAUCCGUUCCUGUUUUGAUAGCCAUGAAAAAUGGUAAAGUAGAGGAUAAAUUAAUUGGUCUUCAGGACACUGACAAACUCCGCAAGUUUGUCGAUAAGGUAGUGAAAUCAAAAUAAUUUACCCCUUAAGGUGCCCCUAUGUGCUCGUUACUACAUCCACAGGACCUUGUACUGUCCCAUUUAAUGCUUUAUAGGUGUGUUAAGAUGUAUAUUUUGCGUGUAAAAGGGUCAAAAUGCAAAUGUGUGGUUAAGCUAAUCUUGUUCGUAGAAAGAAUUAAUAUGAUAGCUAAUUAUUUCUGAGGGAACUCUGAGAGCAGAUUUAUGUCUUUUAUAAUAAGGGUCUAAAAUUAAAAUAGAUGAAACAAUCA